AUGGCGAGCUCACGCCUUUUUCUGAACUUCUUCCUCCCCGAUGUGGCUUCCUCAGCUCCCCUCGGACCACAGGACCGCUACGGGCCCCCACCAAAGUUUCCUCUGGCUUCGCCCUUGCACGCGCUCACACUCCACCUCCCCGACGGUGCGGGCGGGACGGGCCGGGGGUCCGCCCGACCCCGAGUGACCGGGAUCCCACCUCAGCCGGCGCGCGCCGGCCCUCACUUUCAUUGCGCCACGGGCCGACCCUCUGACUCCUUGAGUAAGAGGAAGGAUAAGGUGUUGGACGGUGAGGAUAAAGAGCAGAGGAGGAGCAGCAGAGAGGCAUUUCUGAAGAUCACACUGCACUUCCUAAGGAGAAUGAAGCAGGAAGAACUGGCUGACCGUCUGCAGAGCAGAGGUCUUGCUGAAGGUGGUAAGCGUAAACUCAAAUCUAAGCUGCAGAAGAAGUUCCAGAGUGUGUUUGAGGGGAUUGCUAAAACAGGAAACCCAACCCUUCUGAAUCAGAUGUUCACAGAGAUCUAUAUCACAAAGGGAGGGACUGCAGAGGUCAAUGAUGAACAUGAGGUCAUACAGAUUGAAACAGCAUCCAGGAAACCAGACACACCAGAAAUAACAAUCAGACAAGAAGACAUGUUUAAAGCCUUACCUGGAAGAGAUGAACCAAUCAGAACAGUGAUGACAAAGGAAGUGGCUGGCAUCGCGAAAACUGUCUUAACACAGAAGUUCACUCUGGACUGGGCUGAAGACAAAGCCAACCAGCACAUCCAGUUCACAUUUCCAUUCACCGGAGGAGAUCCAACAGUCCCUCAGUUCAAGAAGUUUCUCCACAGAUAA